AUGUCCCCUCGCAAGACUACCCGAAACCAAGGCGCAGAAGAGAUGGGGCCCAUGGACAUCGAAGGGCUCGAUCCCGCUCUGCGAGACCAGGAAGAAACCCACCGCUCCCCAACACCCCCCUCACAGCACUUCACCCUCGCCGCUGCGGAAGCCCACGGUCAUGACCAUGACACCACCGAGAUCGACGCGCUCAUGACGCCACCUAUGCAAGAGCACGAGGCGGGCCCGCUCAGUGACUUUGCGCGGCAGGUCAUCGAGUCGGAGAACCCCAUGAUGGAGCACGGGGAGGACGAGGAUGCGGAAGAGCUGUUUCAGCCAGAAGCGGAGGAAGGGAUGGAACUCGUUGCGGCUGUCCAGGCGAUAGAGGCUGUGGAGGCGGAAGAUCUGCGGUUGUUACGAGGGGAGAAGGCGGGUGGGAAUGCCAAGGCGGGGCCAAGCGCCCCUGGGCCAAAGAGGCGCGGGAAGGCGGGUCAGGCGUCAGGUGGGGGAGGGACAGGGAAGCGGAAGCGGGGAGGCACGAAUGGGUCUUUGGUACCAGAGGAGCAGAGAGAUCUGUCGAGGAUGAAGAAGGACAGUCAUAAAGAGGUGGAGCGGAAACGACGAGAUUUGAUUAAUGAGGGUAUCACCGCGCUGAGCAAGUGCCUCCCUCCAGGAUCAGAGAAGAUGGGCAAGGGCCAGAUCCUCAGCAUGGCAGCGAACAUGUUGACUGAUAUGGCGGCGGGUCGGCCGAUCAACACGGGCGGAAGCAGGGGGCAGGACGACGAGGUCAUCAGCGCACUUCAGUCUGACUUGGCCAAUGCCCAAGCCCAGCUCGAGGAGGAGCAUACUCGCUCAAUGACGCUCGAGACGUCCUGGCGGGAAGCGGAAGAUCGGGCAGCGGCGAGUCAGUUUGAGCUAGAGCGGGUCAAGAGGGAGCUGGAGGAGGCCAAGAUGCAGCUCUUGGAGAAUAGGCGGUGA